AUGUCUCAAAAUUAUACUGGCACUAUUUCCAAUCCCUGGGAAAAUAUUGAUAUCCUGUUUAAAGAAAAGAAAACUCACGAAAAGCAGUCUAUGACGAGAUUAUAUCCAAAGGUAUCAAAACAGAAGGGUGAAAUAGAUACUGAACCAAAAAGUGAGGAGGGUAAAGAAAUAAAUGACAAUAGCUAG